ACAUGACUGAAGAGCAAUGGAAAAGACGCUUUCCUCUAAAUUUUCUUAUUGUCUGUUUGUUAUUCCAUGUUUUGUGCAAUAUAGAACUAACUGGUGGCAAUGGGUUGGUGUAUUUCCAAGAUUUCGUUCCUUCAGCCAUGGAGAGGCACAUCAAGUCUUCCAGACACUUACCUAUUUGUAUUUUGUUUAGGAACACAGCAACUGAAGGUUCUAAGCUAGAGAAACAUAUUUAUUCCCUAUGGAAAAAUGAAUCAAACAGUUACAAGGACUGGCAAUUUGGGUCUUAUUCUUUUGACAGACAUGAAUCGGUGAGGGAGAGAAAACCAGAGCACAUGCCAGCAGUUAAAUGUUAUCUGGGACAGUCUUCAUCAUAUCUGUAUGAAGGAAAAUCACAAAAGUCACUCAUCAAUCAGUGGCUCAAUAAAUUAGUUGAUCGCCACAGUGAACAGCUUCAGGACGCCUCUCCUGAUCUUGUUAAAGUUGCCAUAGAUACACACAAUACAACAAUCCUGGCUUUUCCAGAUCAUCAUAACCAUCACCAUGUGGAGGAAAAAGUUUUCCAGCUCAGUGAGCAGAUCCCCAGUUGUAAAGCCUUCAUCAUACAUCCAUACUCCAUUCACGCUAAUGAAUUGAAAGAGCUUUAUGAGGUGCCAGAAAUACCUUCUAUUCUUGUGAUAACGAAAGACAGUAGAGGAAAGAACAAAUUUAUUUAUCGGUUAUUCUCCAGACAGCAUAUACAGACAGCUAUGUUAGAAAUCCACCUGAUAGCUUCACAGAUCAGCUCAGUAAUUCCUUACACUGAGGAGGAAUUUGAGAAGAAUGUAAUGACCUUGAGAGGAACCCGUUACAUCCCCAAGGUCAUUGUUUUCUAUGCCUACUGGGGAAGAAAUGUCAAGGCCUAUUUGUCAGCCUUUAGGAGGAGUGUGGAGGAAUUCCGGGAGCUGGGCGUGGCCCUGGAGUAUGGAAUGGUGGACUUAGCACAGGAGGCAGGCAAAAAAUUGGUGUCCAAAUGGAUCAGAAGCAAAGUUGCCAGAAAUGUACCAUUUACCAUACUCUUUCAUACAGAUGAGAGAAAUGACUACCUCAUUCAGGAGGGACUGCUGGAGGACCGCCCCACCCCCUCUGCCCUGUACCAGCUGUUUAAGUCCGCCACUGUCAAUAUUACGUACAAAGACGGGACACUGUUUAAUGAUUACCUCCCUUAUGGUCAAACGGAUGCAACACAGUAUUCUUUACUGGAUGAGGGACCACUGGGCCGUCUUUGUCAUCCCUGGUCACACAAUAUGACAGACAGUGACCCACUUGCUCCUGUAGUCAAACAAAUAAAGAAGAAACCUCCAACUCAGAAGAAACACACUAAGGAAAAGGGCUGGCAUGAAAGGUUUGGAUCUGAAAAUGUGGACAGAAAGCUGAAAAAAUUUCAUGGUAUUCCACUUUUAUCACAUGACAUGUGGUCAGAGGUCAUAGAAAAAUCCCAUGCUCCCUCACACCCCUUGCUGGGAGGAAAUCGCUGGGCAGGGGAGGUGUCAAAGGUAGCACUGGUAGUAUUUGUUAAGGCUGACUGUAGAAGUUGUGUUAAAAGUCUGGAAACUUUACUGAAGGUGCAGAAAUCACUCCAUUUCAUUGAGGGUGGAUCACUGUACUUGGUGAAUUGUACAACAGAGCCUGAACUGUGUGUGACACACAACAUUAGGGGAUACCCUUACAUCACAGCUUUCCGGGGACAGGGAUGGCUAGGGACCUCUCAGUGUGUGUCCCCCGACACCCCACACCUACCCUACUCCAGGGUAGACUACCACGGGGUCAUUCAGGAAAAGGACAUUAUGAAAUGGUUUGGAAAAGUAGCAGGAACAUCUAUUUUGAAUCUCAUGUUUGAAAAACCAAGUGAAGAAAUGAAGGAGGAUUGUCACACUAAGAACCCUGACUACUACUACUCCUACCAGUGCUUUAGGCUGGCUUGUGAAAGGCUGUUUGGGAAGGCAGUCUGUUACACAGUGUACAGCUCAGAGAUACCAGCCAGAGAAUAUCAGGACCAGCACAUGGAACUAGUUAUAACCAAGUUAACAUUACAAAGGCGAGAUGGUGCAGAAGCUGUAAUAACACAGUUGGGAAAAUCUUUGACUGCCAUUUUAGAGGAACAAGAAGGAACUGCUAUUCAUAGAUUUCACAGAAAGCACAGGUAUACCUUUGGUCCUACCUUAAGAUGUGAGGAUGACCAUGGUGUAUGUACAGACUUUAUCACCAGCUUCACACUGGACCACUCCCGUCUACCUGUCACCCACAUCACCUCAGACGCAUUCCACACAGAAAUCAGGUCAGAAGAUGAGGAGUUACCUGUCCUGAUUGCUCUUGUACAUCAAGAAAACAUAACCAAACACUCACCAUUUCUGCAGACACUUCAUGCUGUAGCCAGUGACCUGUACGAUCGUCUGGUGGUGACCACGUUAGACGUCAAUCAAUACCCGGCCUGGGCUGGACAGUUUGUUCCAGCGGAUUACCAAAAAACCCUGAUCAGAGAGGACAGAGAUGUUGAGGGUAUGUACUCUUAUCCCAGAAUGUGUAUCGUGUUCAGAAAGGAUCAUAGAAAAGCUGCAUUUUAUCCACCAAUUGGCAGAAAUAAAAACUCGCCAAAAUGGUUCUUCAAAGAAAAUAUCCAGAAAUAUACCGAACAAGUCCUCUCAAAUCCAAGUAAAUAUAUGAUUCAAACAGAACACUUUUAGAAAGUGUUUCUGAAUUUGUUGAGAUAUGACAUCACAGUAAAGACAAAUUAAAGCUAUAUAUGACAUAUAUGUGCUUAAAAAAUUAUAUAUAUUGUAAACCAACUUUUAAUCGCAUGCGAGAAAUUUUCAAGAAUUUUGCGGGGGCCUAGUCACCGCAAAUAUUUCUCUUGGUGAAUCGAGCUUUAAGGUCUCUGUUUCUAUUAACAACUGAUCCAAAAAAGGCUUGAUCGCAAAGAUUAAUAGUCGCGAACUAGUUUACCCUCGAUAAAUCUCAAAAUAAAGUCGUCCCGAAUAAAAGUUGGUUUACAGUGUGCAAGAUUGAGUUUAUAUAUACAUGCUAUAAUGUUAUUUAUGUUUAAAUGAAAAUUUUUACCAAUAUUUGAAUAGUUAUUGAAUGAAUUUGUGUAAUUUACAGGAAAGUCAUAUCUUAUAAAGUAAGAAAACAAAUACAGA